UGCUUUGCGAAUCGCAUCCUCGUGCGAAAAUUUUUUUUUUUAAAUCUUUUAUAAAUAAAUUAAAUUUAUAAUUAAGCUAGCAAUAAUGACGAUUAUGAACAUUUUUCGUACGCGACAAAGCAUUAAUGCUAUUGAAUGCUUAGGAUCGUUGAUUCAGAUUAAUUCGGCAAGAUGUUUUUCUCAAGUGAAAGACAAAGAAAUAAAACAUCCAUCAAUAGAUCGAAUACGAAAUAUAGGAAUCUCAGCACAUAUUGAUUCCGGCAAGACAACAUUAACCGAAAGAAUUUUAUUCUAUACUGGAAGAAUUGCUGAAAUGCACGAGGUUAAAGGAAAAGACAACGUCGGAGCAACAAUGGACUCAAUGGAAUUAGAACGGCAACGGGGAAUCACAAUUCAAUCUGCAGCAACUUACACACUUUGGAAGGAUUACAACAUCAACAUCAUUGACACUCCUGGUCAUGUUGACUUUACAGUUGAAGUUGAACGUGCUUUACGUGUUCUUGACGGUGCUAUCCUUGUCCUUUGUGCUGUUGGCGGUGUUCAAAGUCAAACACUUACAGUCAAUCGACAAAUGAAACGAUACAACGUUCCAUGUCUUGCAUUCAUCAACAAACUCGAUCGUCUUGGCUCAAAUCCACAUCGUGUCUUAACACAAAUGAGAUCAAAACUUCAUCAUAAUGCUGCAUUUGUUCAACUACCGAUUGGUCUAGAGAGUGAUUGUAAAGGAAUUGUUGAUUUAGUCAGUGAGCGUGCACUUUAUUUUGAAGGAAAUUUCGGAAUGAACAUUCGUGAAGAUGAAAUCCCUCAAGACAUGAGAACAGAAGCGAAGGAACGUCGUCAAGAGUUGAUUGAGCAUGUGUCAAAUGUUGACGAUACACUCGGUGAAUUCUUUUUAGAAGAGAAAACGCCGGAAGUUUCUGACUUGAAAGCUGCCAUUCGUCGUGCUACUUUGAAACGGAAAUUCACACCGGUUUUCGUUGGAACAGCAUUAAAGAACAAAGGUGUACAACCCUUGCUUGAUGGUGUUCUUGAAUAUCUUCCAAAUCCUGGCGAAGUUGAAAACAUCGCUUUGAUUGAGAAGACAGGAGAAGAAACUGAAAAAGUUCUUUUGAAUCCAGCACGUGAUGGAAAAUCGCCUUUCGUUGGUCUUGCAUUUAAACUUGAAGCUGGAAGAUUCGGACAAUUAACUUAUUUAAGAUGUUACCAAGGUAUGUUAAAGAAAACUGACACGAUCUGGAAUGCAAGAACAGGGAAGAAAGUUCGUUUGUCUCGUCUUGUUCGUCUUCAUUCCAAUAACUUGGAAGAUGUCAAUGAAGUUUUUGCUGGCGAUAUUUUCGCAUUAUUCGGCGUUGAUUGUGCAAGUGGUGACACUUUCCUGAAUACAGCACGACGUGAUCUAUCAAUGGAAUCAAUUUAUGUUCCCGAUCCCGUUGUUUCAAUGGCAAUCAAACCAGCAAAUAACAAAGAUCGCGAUAAUUUUUCCAAAGCAAUUGCACGAUUUACCAAAGAAGAUCCAACAUUCCAAUUUGCUUAUGAUUCGGAUGUGAAGGAGACGAUUGUAUCGGGAAUGGGUGAAUUACAUUUGGAGAUUUAUGCUCAAAGGAUGGAACGAGAAUACAAUUGCCCAGUGGUUCUAGGAAAGCCCAAAGUUGCCUUCCGUGAAACUCUCACAGGUCCUUGUGAGUUUGAUUAUCUUCAUAAAAAGCAAUCUGGUGGAUCGGGACAAUUUGGACGUGUUUCGGGUAUUCUUGAGCCACUUCCAGCACCCAACAACACAGGUCUUGAGUUCACUGACGAAACAGUUGGAACGAAUGUACCAAAACAAUUCAUUCCUGGCAUUGAGAAAGGAUUUCGACUCAUGGCUGAGAAAGGUUUGCUUUCUGGUCACAAAUUAUCUGGAAUUAAGUUUCGGUUGAAGGAUGGCGCUCAUCACAUUGUUGAUUCAAGUGAAUUGGCAUUUAUGAUGGCUGCGCAAGGCGCUGUGAAGCAAGUUUUCGAAGAUGGAUCGUGGCAAAUUCUCGAGCCCAUUAUGUCUGUCGAAGUGACUUGUCCAGAAGAGUUUCAAGGCACAAUCAUUGGACAGUUGAACAAACGACAUGGAAUCAUCACUGGAACUGAUGGAACUGAAGGUUGGAGCUCAAUCUAUGCUGAAGUUCCACUUAAUGACAUGUUUGGCUAUGUUGGCGAACUUCGAUCAAUGACGCAAGGAAAAGGUGAGUUUUGUAUGGAAUAUUCAAGAUACUCGCCAUGCUUGCCUGAAGUUCAAGACAAAAUUAUCGAAGAGUAUCAACGAUCGUUUGGAAUAGUUCCAGAGGAAAAGAAGAAAUCGAAGAAGAAUUAAUGUGUAGAUAAUUAAAUAUUUUAUGUUGUAUAAUUUAUUGAUUGCUUUUGAAUAAAGUUGAUCGAAAAGCGAUAAAUUUUUGAAUGUUUUAGCUGGAAGU